GAUGACGCCACGACGCUGACUCGGGAGGAUGAUGGCGUCGACGACGGCGGCGACGGCGGCAGCGGCGGCGGCGGCUGUGGCCACGGCCGGGAUAUGGUUCGCGGAGCCGCCGAGACGCCGAAGAGCCCGCCGCCCGCUCGAGUUGUAGACGGGGUGCUGCCUGCAGAGCAGGUCCUGCCAGCUUCGCUGGAGAGGAUGCCCCCAUGUCCGUGAUGGGCUGUGGGACAAGCAAGGUACUUCCUGAGCCGCCCAAGGAUGUCCAGCUGGAUCUGGUCAAGAAGGUGGAACCCUUCAGUGGCACUAAGAAUGAUGUAUACAAGCACUUCAUCACAGAGGUGGACAGUGUUGGCCCUCUCAAGCCUGCGUUUCCAGCUGCCAGUCAGUAUGCACCCCCUAGCACUGGUGCCCCCACUACUGGCCACACAGAGCCUCCCUCAGAACCACCACGAAGGACCAGGGUGGCAAAAUACAGGGCUAAGUUUGAUCCACGAGUGACAGCUAAGUAUGACAUCAAGGCUUUGAUUGGCCGAGGCAGCUUUAGCCGAGUGGUACGUGUGGAACACCGUGCAACCCGUCAGCCAUAUGCCAUCAAGAUGAUUGAGACUAAGUACCGAGAGGGUCGGGAAGUGUGUGAGUCUGAGCUUCGAGUGCUACGCCGCGUGCGCCAUGCCAAUAUCAUCCAGCUGGUGGAAGUGUUUGAGACACAGGAGCGUGUGUACAUGGUGAUGGAGCUAGCCACUGGAGGUGAGCUCUUUGACCGCAUUAUUGCUAAGGGUUCCUUCACUGAGCGUGAUGCCACAAGGGUGCUGCAGAUGGUGCUGGAUGGUGUCCGGUAUCUGCAUGCACUGGGCAUCACACACCGUGACCUCAAGCCUGAGAAUCUGCUCUACUACCACCCAGGCACUGACUCCAAGAUCAUCAUCACUGAUUUUGGCCUGGCCAGUGCCCGAAAGAAGGGUGAUGACUGCCUCAUGAAGACCACCUGUGGCACACCUGAGUACAUUGCUCCUGAAGUCCUGGUCCGCAAGCCGUAUACCAACUCUGUAGACAUGUGGGCGCUGGGCGUCAUUGCUUACAUCUUGCUCAGUGGUACUAUGCCCUUUGAGGAUGACAACCGUACCCGGCUGUACCGGCAGAUCCUCAGGGGCAAGUACAGUUAUUUGGGGGAGCCCUGGCCUAGUGUGUCCAACUUGGCCAAGGACUUCAUUGACCGCCUGCUGACCGUGGACCCUGGAGCCCGAAUGACUGCACUGCAGGCCUUGAGGCACCCAUGGGUGGUGAGCAUGGCAGCCUCUUCAUCUAUGAAGAAUCUGCACCGCUCCAUCUCCCAGAACCUCCUCAAGCGUGCCUCCUCACGCUGCCAAAGCACCAAGUCUGCCCAGUCUACACGUUCCAGCCGCUCUACACGCUCCAACAAGUCACGCCGCGUGCGUGAGCGUGAACUGCGGGAGCUUAACUUGAGAUACCAGCAGCAGUACAAUGGCUGAGCCACCAGUUGUGGCACAGGAAACUGUGGUCCCAGCUUGGCUGCACUCUGCUGUGCCAUCUGGGCCCAAUACCCUUUUUUGAAACAGGCCUUAUGGCCAGUAGUAUGUGGAGAACACCUGACCCUAGUACCUUCUCAUGCCUUCAGCAGCCCCUGUUCACAAUGGGCCUGGGUUUGGUAUGAUGGAGUGGAAGUGGCCCAGGAGACUGAGACUCCCUUAUUGGGAAGUCUGGCCUCUGAUACUCUUUUUGGUGGGCAGCUGCUCUGUAUGAGUUUGGAGAAGGGAUGGGUCCUGGCUUUUUCACUGUGUCCCCCAUUCUUUGGCUCUUCCUCAGACUAAAGGGGCUUGCAGUGCUGGGUAGUGUCCUGUGGCCAGGGACCUUUGGAACAGUUCUGCCAGUCCUCUUUCAUCCACAGAGCCUUCCUCUCUAGCUCCCCUCAUUCUUUGGCAUUCUAAUCCUUAAAAUUAGGCUCCAGUGGCAGGCCUAGUUUUGGCUUAGUCAAAGACUGCUGGCCCCAGGUACCUUGACUGGACCAAGAGCUCCUGGUUAGAUAGGGGCGUACCCUGUCUUCCAUUCCAAAUUUUUCUUCCUUUGUGGUGCUGCCAGAAACCCCUCCUGGCCCUAAGACUUGCCAGGACCUCUGGAGGUAGUGCCCUGGUGUAGACUUUAACUCUGGUGGUGUAGGCUCACCUCAGCUCUAGCUGAACUGACUAAGAGGGUUCCUGUUCACCACUCUGUUUCUUUGAGGAGACCUCCAUUUGCCUCCUUCUCCUUGGAUGCCCAUUUUAUUCCCCAGUUGCCUCCUCCUUCCCAACUGUGGGGGUUAAAGGGAGCCCCCACUGCUGCUACCUGGGGUUGGGGGCACCUGGGUCAGGGCAGAGGAUUCCCCCCUUAGGAUCCCAUUGUCAGCUCUAGUGCCAUCCUUUGGUGCCACCAUUGCCUCUUCGCCACUGUGCCUUCCUCUGCAGCUUCAUGAAGGCGCCAUCUAGUGUCUGGCAAAUGAGCAGCCAGAGGUGAGCAAUGGAUGCCCAUAUUGUAUACUCAUAGUCUUCCAAAAGGAAAUGAAAAGGAAAGAGCUGCUGCAUUGCAGGAGGGUCCUGGACUGCUCAGCCCCCUUUCUCAGCUUUUGUGCACCUCUCCCUGGAACUUAGCCAUACUCUGUGACCUGCCUCUGAACCCUGGGUGCCUGGGGUACUGGUCUUGCUGUGAGAACUGCCCUUUUCAUCCUGUGCCCAUUUCCUUUCAUAGCAUUAAUCUUCCAGUAUGGGCCCCACCGAGUCUCAGGCUAGAGGAAGCGCUUGCAGAAGGUUGGGGGGGGGGGUGGUGGGAGGCUGCUUUCCCAGAGGCCUGAGCCAGAACUGUACCAGUAGCUGUUGUGGUAUCUCCUUGUCACCACAAACUAUGCUGAAGCCCAAGGCCUCUCCCUCAAAUAGCUGCUUUCAGAGGGUAAGAAUGUGCCAGGGCCAAGCCUCUGCCUUGACUAGGAUCCUGCCAGCUGGGAGAGUUUGACCCCCACCUAGCUGCUCCCAGUGAGCAGUCUUGGGCUACUCUCCUCUUUCUGUAUGUGCCACCUCCAGUGGGAUACCAAACCAAAGAGACCACUCUGUGCCAAGCCGACUGUGCCUUAUAUGCCCCCUCCUCUGUCCCUACUGUUCUGGGCAAGAGGGAAUAAAAAGGCCAUGCCCUAUAGCCUCAGAAUUUCCUGCCACUUUCUGAAAUAUCUCUAGGGUCCUGAAGUCCCAGGGAAUUAUUUCCUCUCUUGCCCAGGUUAAGCCUGGUCCUGAGAGUAGGAUAAGGGAUUUUGGAGUCUUGGGCCUUCAUGGACCCUGGAUAGAAAAUGUGCAGUUAUUUAUUUUGUGUACUCAGUUUGUAAAUGUAUCCUCUGUAUUCAAUAAACAGGGUGCCCUCCCCAGGGAAGGCUGCCCAUUGAUUCUGA